UUCGUGUUUUCCUUGUCAUAAACAUGGAUGUGAGGCAGAUAAUCGAUCCUGUUGUUUGCUUCUGCAUCAUGAGAUGUAGCACCAGCCUCUUUAAACAUUGAACAGAAACUUUAAAACGGACAAGGAAAGUAAAAUCUGGCGGUUUUGUUGUUAAAAACGUUUCCUUGCCCACCGAGGAAGAAACUGCUCCUUUUGUCUCAAACGGCUGUGUUGUGUUUUUUUUUUUUGUUAUCGUAUCAACAUGGACAUGUACGGAUACAGCGGGGUUUUCUUGGUGAAAAGAUUCUUGGAUAAUGGCGUUUUUGAAGUCACGAACAUGUCUGACAUUAACAAGGCGAACCCUCACGGCUGCGAUAACGGAGCUCUGACGGACAGGUUCGGCGUCUUGAUCCAGGGACUGCUGGCUAUCGUCGCCUUCAGUACGCUGAUGUUGAAGAGGUUUCGAGAGCCUGUAGGGAUCAGACGACCGUGGAGGAUCUGGUUUUUCGACACGUCCAAACAGGCCAUCGGUGCUCUUUUCAUCCACUUUGCUAACGUCUUCCUGUCCACACUCACCAAAGAGGAUCCAUGCUCCCUGUAUCUGAUGAACUUCCUGCUGGACGCCAUGCUGGGGAUGCUGGUCAUCUGGCUGGCUGUCAAGUUGGUGUCCAAGCUGGUGGAGUACAAACAGUGGACGUUGCUCAUGUUUGGAGAAUAUGGUGACCCUCCUCAGGCGGCAGCAUGGCUGGGUCAGUGCGGCGUUUACUUGCUCAUCAUGGUGCUGGAGAAAGGUGUGAUCAGCCUGGUGCUGCUCGUCCCCGGAUGGUCCAAAUUGCAGGAGGUGUUGCUAAGCUACAUCGCUAACCCUCAGCUGGAGCUGGUGCUGGUGAUGCUCAUCGUGCCCUUCAUAGUCAACUCCAUCAUGUUCUGGGUGGUGGACAGUUUGAUGAUGAGGAAGUACAAGACUAUGAAGAGCCUGGAUGAUUCUUGCGACAGCUCUGUGAAGAAGGCGGACUCGCUGCCCUGGGCAACCAAUGAGGAGUCACGGGUCCUGCUGACCGUCGAGACGGACACGGACGAGGCUUCAGAAGGAGAAGAGGACCCUGGCGAUGUUGGACCAGUCCCCCAUGUGCAAUAUUCAGGGGGGCCAGUGAGACCUAGCUGGGUGGUGGUGUAAACCCAGAUUUAAAGGUCUAAAAAUCAGCUUCCUUGCAAAGUGAAGGUACAAAUAUAACCUGUGAAUGUGAACACUACAGCCGCAGCUGCCUUCCUCUGCACCGAAGGUGUGAACAGUUACAACCUGAGCUUUACUCUUUUUGAUAGGACACAGCAUAUGCAUGUAAAUCAUAUAUAGCAUUUUGGGAAUUAAAAGCUCUAUAUCCUCUCACCUUGCUGCCUCCGUUUACUGCAAGGGAACAUCAGAGUAACCCAGACUGAACGUGUGUGAAGAGAGAUUAUUAGGGAGCGCAGCGGUUACACUUCAAAGUUGUAAGGUUGGUACUGACAAAGACUGAAAUAAAUCUGUCUUCUCUCCACACUUGGGGACUUUUGAUGAUGACUUUUUAUGAUGUUGCUCUAUAAAAAAAGAGUAUCAUGUAUCAUAUUCCAAAGAGGAGAAAGUAUAUAUAUAUAUAAGUGCUCAAAGAUUUUACUUCAUCAAAUAUAAUCACUUAAAAGCCACCUUUUUAAUUAAGGUUUAAUUACAGUCAUUCCUGCACGCUCUCCCUCCGGCUGCUUACUUUUAAGUUCGGAGGAUGGUUAAUGGUCUUAUUUUUUAAAACCACACGUGUUGAUUUUUUUUUUUUUUUUGGGGCAGCUGCUUCACGUUGUGAGGCUGGCAGCCUCGACGGACCAAACGUGUUGAUAAUGCGGUUAUAUUGAAAAGUUUUAGGCGACAGGCUGCUUUUAAAGAGAUGAUAUGUAGGCAGUUUCAUGUUUCAUGUCAUGGUUGGAAAGGACCAGGUGAUGCUAUGUUUCUGCAAUGAUUUACGUAUUUGUUAUAUAUGAUAGUAUUAGGUCCACUCAAUGACUGUAUAUAAAGAUGGACGUCAUUACAGCUCCAUAAAAGUGAAGCCAAAACAUCUCGAUCGCCCCCUGCUG